AUGGUUUUUCUCCCUUUUUUGUAUUUUGCUUUUUAUUUUUUACUCUCUCUCUCCCCUCCCACUCUUUUCUCCUUUCUUCUCCCCUCCCACUCUUUUCUCCUUUCUUCUCCCCUCCCUCUUUUCUCCUUUCUUCUCCCCUCCCACUCUUUUCUCCUUUCUUCUCCCCUCCCACUCUUUUCUCCUUUCUUCUCCCCUCCCACUCUUUUCUCCUUUCUUCUCCCCUCCCACUCUUUUCUCCUUUCUUCUCCCCUCCCACUCUUUUCUCCUUUCUUCUCCCCUCCCACUCUUUUCUCCUUUCUUCUCCCCCCCCUCUUUUCUCCCUUUCUUCUCCCUCCCACUCUUUUCUCCUUUCUUCUCCCCUCCCACUUUUCUCCUUUCUUCUCCCUCCCACUCUUUUCUCCUUCAGUCCUCCCCUCCCUCUCUCUCGUCCCCCCUCUCUUUCCUCCCUCUCCCUUCAGUCCUCUCAUUUCUCCUUUUUUCCCCUCACUUCUCUCCCUCCCUCAAACUCUAUUCUCCUCUUCUACCUGCCCCUCUCUCGUACCCCCUCCUCCCCUUCCUACCCUCCCUCUUCCAUCCCUCUCUUUUUACUCUCUACCCCUCUCCUCAAACCUCUCAUUUUCCUUCUCUUCUACCUCCCACUCUCUAGUAUCCCUCUCUUUCUCCAUCCCACCCUCCAUCUGCUAUCCCUCUCUCUUUUCCUCUCUCUCCUUUCGCUGUCUUCUCUUGUGCUCUCUCUUUCUUGUCAACUUCCUUUUUUUUGUUCCUUUUCUUCUUUUGAACGUUUUUUUCUUUUUUUUCCUUUUUCUCUUUUUCUCUUUUUUUUUCCUUUUUCUCUUUUUCUCUUUUUUUUUCCUUUUUCUCUUUUUCUCUUUUUUUUUUUUUUUCUUUUUUUUCCUUUUUCUUUUUUUUCCCUUUUUCUUUUUUUUUUUUUUUUCCUUUUUUUUUUCUUUUUUUCCUUUUUCUCUUUUCUCUUUUUUUCCUUUUUCUCUUUUCUCUUUUUUUUCCUUUUCUUUUUUUUUUUUCCUUUUUCUCUUUUUCUUUUUUUUCCUUUUUUCUUUUUCUCUUUUUUUCCUUUUCUCUUUUUUUUUUUCUUUUUUUCUUUUUUUUUUUUUUUUUCCUUUUUCUUUUUUUUUUCCUUUUUCUCUCCUUUUUUUUUUUUCCUUUUUCUUUUCUCUUUUUUUCCUUUUUUCUUUUUUUUUCCUUUUCUCUUUUCUUUUUUUUUUUUUUCUUUUUUUUUUUCUCUUUUUUUUUCCUUUUUUCUUUUUUUCCUUUUCAUCUUUUUCUUCCUUUUUUUUUUUUCCUUUUCUUUUUUCUCUUUUCGUUUUCUUUCCUUUUUCCCUUUUUUCUUUUUUCCCUUUUCUCUUUUUUCCCUCUUUCUUUCUAGAAGCUUUAAAGAGUUAUGGUUAA